UCUCAGUUUAGUUUCGAACGUGGCCGUCGACUGACGGACGGCUGAGGCGAUUUCUGCUGUUUUAUAAACAGAACAUACCGGAAAAUCUCUGAAACAACAAUAACAACAACAACAUCAAAAUCUCGAGAGACGGGCGACUGUUGUUAGACAUCGGUGUGGAAAUUGUGGCAAAAUAUAGAAUGACGCGUGUUUACCGUGCAUACAAAUAUAUCACAAAAAAUAUAAUACAAGUAUAAGAAAUGUGUAACAACGCGAGUAAUUUAUAGAAUCAUAUACAACAAACACUUUCAAACCAAAUAAUUCGUUUCGUGCUGAGUGAAAGAUUUAUAAAUACAACAAAAGUACAAACAACAACAAAUCCAACACAAGAAAUUUUCCAUAAAACAAGAAAUGCCAAUGUGGCAAUUAAAAUAAAUAUAAAUAUAUAUAGACAUACACACAUAUAUAUGAUAUUUUCAGCCAUAAAUUCCAUAGAUCCGUGCAAAUUGCUUACAGCCAUAUAGCUGGGAAAGUAUUUUGAGUUUUCCUUUGUUUGACUUGAACGCGAAAACAUCAGUUUAAAUGCAAUAUUUACUUUGCUUGAGCGCCCUGCUCACGCUGCUGGCCACAGCUUACGCCAUCAGAUGCUACUCAUGCGAGUCCGUUUACGAGGCGAACUGCGGCGAGAAUUUCGAAAUCGAGAAUCAUUUCAAGUACGAUUGCGCCUUCAUUGCCCCGCCCCGUUUUUUGGAAAACGAGCUGUCCAACAAGAACGCCACGGCCUGCGUGAAGCGCGUUUUUCGCGAAAAUGGCGUCAAGAAGGUCGUCCGGGCCUGCUACUUCGGGGAGGUGAACGAGACGGAGAUUGGCUGCAAGCUGGACCCCACGCUGACAUCCGUGCAGAAUGCCAGCUGCCACGUCUGCAACAAUGAGAACUUCUGUAAUGGCGCAACGCAGCCCGAGCUGGAUGUGUGGAAGCUGCCGGCGCUGGCGCUGUUCAUUGUGGCAGCGCAGUGGCUGCGCGCUGGCCAGCGGGAUGUAUGAGGCAUAUUUGAGGCAUUAGACAUUAAGUUGUUGUUGU